CUGGUGCUUUGCUGGUGGGUGACGGACACGACGGACGACGACAAGAUACGUACUGAACGACGACACGUUUGCGAUUUUCAAGCUUCUUUGAUUAUUAAUUUCCAAUUAUUACACUUGCCUGUUUAGUGCCGUGUUGAUAAAAUCCUUCAUCGUGGCUACGACAAUGGCUGGGUCCGCGUUAAGGCGGCUUAUGGCUGAAUAUAAGCAACUAACGCUAAAUCCUCCAGAAGGUAUUAUAGCAGGCCCCAUAAAUGAGGAAAACUUUUUUGAGUGGGAAGCUUUAAUCACUGGACCAGAAGGAACAUGCUUUGAAGGGGGGAUAUUCCCUGCUAAACUGGUGUUUCCACCUGACUAUCCACUGAGCCCUCCAAAGAUGCAGUUUAUAUGUGAAAUGUUCCAUCCAAACAUAUAUGCAGAUGGUAGAGUUUGUAUAUCUAUACUGCAUGCCCCUGGGGAUGAUCCCAUGGGAUAUGAGAGCAGUGCGGAGCGGUGGUCUCCAGUGCAGAGUGUGGAGAAGAUAUUGUUGUCAGUAGUCAGCAUGUUAGCAGAGCCCAAUGAUGAGAGUGGAGCUAAUGUUGAUGCAGCUAAAAUGUGGAGAGAAGACCGUGAACAAUUCAAUAAAGUUGCUGAACGACUUGUCAGAAAAACAUUAGGCCUUCCACCUCCAAUGUAAUUAGAUAUUAGGGUUGGACAGUUGGUCACCCAUUGUUAACAGUGUUAUCACUCUUCUGUUUGACUAUACUAGACACAACUAGACAAUCAUCUAACAUACAUACAAUACAAUCAUUGCAUUGGUUAGAAUUCCUUCUAUUCAAAACUAGAAUUAUGCAGUAAGUGUUGAAAUGUUUCACAAACUUAGUAAUUAUAUGUUUAGAAUGCCUAUUGAGUAACAGCAAAACUUACAUCAAAACUUUUUUUAAAUGAGACAAGAAACUUGACGGGAUGGUGGAAUAUUGUAGUAGAAAUCAACUGUAUGAAUGUGUAAGUACAGGCAGUGGAAUCCUUAUAUUUGUUUGUAAUCUUUCUUAUGUAUGGAGUUUGGUUUUUUAUUCAGCCAGGUAAGGGAAAAGGAAAAUGGUAGGUAGAUGUUGAAGAAAUCAAAAGUUUUUUAAUUACAUUAAUGUGUCAUAAGUUAAUUAGAGAAGCAAUAAAAAGCCUUGUAUGUGGAUGGAUUCAGCUUGUAACUAUACUAAGAGAGAUCCGAGAUAAUUAUUUUAUAAGCAAUCCAACAUUAUUUAUGGUUAUUUAAUUAGACAACUUUACUAAAUAUUUCAAUUUGUGUGUGAAAUUAAUUACUAAAGACCAUCAUUUUUUACGAUUAUAUUUUAAUUGGAAAUGUUUAGAAUAUUUCUCGUACAUCACACUGUAAAUGCUAGGUAUAUAUUUGUAUAGUAAAAAAUAUUAGUGUUUCUCAAGAAGUUUCAUUUUCAGUCUCAUUUAAAUGGCUCAGGAAUAUUUAUUUGAUGUAUCAAUAAGUGAAAACUGGUAACAGAAAGUUUUAUUUCAUAAUCAUGCAUGAUAUCGAUAAGAAUAUUGUGAAGUACUUCUGAGUCAAGUGGAUGAAACAGAAUAUGAAAUAUCUAGCAAUAGAGAAGCCCCAUUUGUUGUGAAUUUGAGGCCUUGAAUAAUUUAGGCUGUGCUACUUUCAAAUUUAUUGGCAAAUAAAUUAAAAAUUUACAGUUCAAUAAAUUACGACGUUGUGACAUGGUUGAAAGUGCAGAAAUCUAUACUAUGUUUAUUUAUUUGAAUGCAAAAUGUGAUUUCGUUAGUAGUUUGUUUUCAGUAGGUACAUAAUAUAUGAGAACUCAUCUCAAAACUACAAUUAGAAAUACUUGUAUACCAAAAUUGCAUGGUCCAAUGGUCCUAAUCCAUCACUUUUAAAAAUGUACUAAUUUAAUAAAUAAUAUAUUGAAAUUUUCUUUACGAAUUGUAUAAAUGUUGUUUUUUAUGCUUGUAGGAAUUAAAUAAGGUAAAACUUAA